AUACAAUGGAAUGGGUCUUAAAAACUUCUCAUGCAACCGCAAAAGUGGCUCGAGAUGUCACCAAGUAGCGGCCAUUAGAUGAAGGACCCGAGCUCGGGCAGCCAUGGCUGUAGUUUUGUGAAGUAGCGACGCGCCUGCCGUUUGACGGCGGUGACGCAGUGCGGUCUCCGUCACUGCUGUAGUUACACACAGAGAGAGAGAGAGAGAACACGAACAAUGUAACAGAGAAUGGAUCUUCGUAAGCAUAGAACGGUGAACACCAAACCCCCGGAUGUGCCAGCUGUUCCGGGACUUUCUGAACAGAACAAAAAAAAAAACCCAGAAGAUGGCAGCAGCUGAAAGGCAGAGAGCAUAUAGACAAAGAGUGAAAGAAAAUCCAGAAAAAUACAAGCAGCGGAAAGAAGGAGACCGGUUGCGUUUUAAGCUAUGGAGAAUGAACAGAAGUGAAGAACAAGAACAGAGAGACAGAGACUUAUGUAAGCAAAGAUCAGUUUCGUUCAGAGCAAGACAGAAAGCCUCUGGUACCAAGCCUGCUUCAAAACGAACAAGGAAGCAAACACUGGCACAGGCUGAAACGUGGAGAGAAUACAAGAGGAAAGAAAGAGAAGCAAUGCCAGCACAAAAAAGACGACGAGUAAACGAAAGACGUAGAGCACUGUAUGCCCAGAAGAAGGAAGCGGAGAAGAAGGCGGAUGAGAAGAAAGCGUCUCGAAACUUGGAAAAAGCACCCUCGCUUUUUACAAGUGAAAAUGCAAGAUGGAAAGCUAUCUCAAGGUCAUUGCGAAUUCUACCACGAUCACCUGAUAAAUUUGCUCUGGUACUGUCUUCUGUCGUUGGAAAGAGCACACCAAGGAGAAAGUCAGCACUGAAAAAGAAAUGCAUCCUUAGCCCAGGCUCGAAGAAGAAACUUGCUUUCAACCGCAAACACUCAGUGAAAAACCACACACUGGAUUCCCGGAAACAAAGAUUCGACGCCUUGGAUGAAAGCACCAAGGAUCGAGUGUGGUCUUUAUCUAAGAGUUGAUGUUUCCAGAGAAUUACCUUGCUUACUUCCAAGAGAGUUAUGGAGUGUUCGUUUAAAAAAGCAUACUCUUUGUUCUGUGAAGAAAAUCCAUCAUUGAUGAUCAGCUCCAGUGCUUUCUACAAGCUUAAACCAACAAACAUCAGACCCAUGUCAGCUACAAAGCUGUUGCAGUGUCUCUGUGAAUACUGUUUUUCUUACGUAACGCGCGUCGCGGUGUCCACUCAGAUUGAUGCAGUAUUCUACUACAUGAUCAGAUGAAUUAAGUGAAAACGGUGUUUGCAAUUUUAUUGUUCCAUGUGGUAUUCAUAAACAUAGAAAGGAAUAAGAAAUACGUGCACUUA